AUGGAAAAACGUGUUUUAAAGUUUGAAUAUGAUAUUGGAACAUCAAGUCGUACAACAAGUGGACAAACAAAUGAAGAAGU